UUUAUUUUAUUUUGCUAUCUUUUCUGUCUUCUUUCCCUUCAUAGUUAUUAUUCUUAUUAUUAUUACUAGAUUUGUUUCUUUUACUAACCUUUUUUUUUUUCCUUUUAUUGUUUCAGGUCUCGUUCAAUUUUUUUUUUGUUUUCUUUAUUUCUUUCUUGUUUUAUUUUACUAACGUUGAACCCUUUUUCUUGUUUUUUUUACUAACGUGUUUUUUUUUCUUUUUUUUUGUGGUGAAAAAAAAAAUAUAAUAUUGGAUCACAAGUGUUAGUUUGUGGAGUUUUUGCAGUGAUGAAAGCUAAACUUGAUAAGCUAGAAGCCAAACUCGACGAGAUACAAUUUUCUGUUACACAAAUGUUGCUCAAGAGCUAUCAACAACAGUUUGAGUCACCUCAAUGUUAUCCACAAGAGAAUUUUGAAAAUAUUUGGUGUGACCCACCUUGCUAUCAUCCACAAGGGCAAUUCCAACAGCCUAUUUAUGCACCACCAUGCUACUACCUGCAAGAGGAAUUUCAAUAUCCUUUUCAUGAUCCACAUCAUACACAAGAGGAAUUCCAUCAACCUUGGAAUGAUCCACCCCAAUUUUUGGAAGACCUUUCAAAGCAAUAUGAAGUAAAUCAAGCCCGGUUUCAACAACCUCGCCACGAGGCACCUUCCAUAUUGCAAGAAAUUCAAGACAUGUUGAACCAAAUGUCUGCGAAUCUCAAUGCAAAUGCUGAUCAAUGCCUACAAGAUGUUGAAAAUUUACAAGCUCCAAUUAAUGAGCUAGUUGCAGGCGCUCACAAAUUGCAGCAGGAAGCUUAUGCCGAGAUAGAUGAUGAAGUUAAUUCUUAUGUUGAUACUCAUCUUGAUGCUAACACUGAUGGUUCUAGUGAUGUUAGUGAGCUUGAAGUCGAUGCUGCUUUUGAUACUAGUGUUGAUAGUCCAGCAUGUUUUGAUUUUGCAGAUUCUAAUGAUGAAGCCAACCAACAAGAAAUACAUCUCCCUCUUCCACAUAGAACUUAUGAGAGUGAGAAGAUGUAUCCUGGUGAAGAAGAAAUUAAGUUGUUGGAUGAUUUCAAGAAAUGUUUUGCAAGGGAUGAAGUUAAGAAGAUGGAUGUAGAACGUGGAUCUAAAUUAGCAAUAUUUCCACAUAAGCCGCUUUUAAUUAAUCUAGACAUUUUUGAAAAAGUCGUGCUUAUUGGAGACUCUUUUGAUUGUGAUACACAUGCUCGAAAAAAGUUUUCACUGAAACUGAUCAUUGUCAUAAAACAUGCUGAAGGUGCUAGAGAACAGUUUGAGUUUGUUAAGAUUGUUGCAGAUGAGAUCCCUCCAAAGCCACCUGACUUGUGGAUUGUCGUUGUUGUGCCUCAAGACUAUGAGCUUCCCCUUAAUGCAAGGCCUCCACCGGACCCAGGUGAUAGCAGAUUCAGAGCAUUACCGGGUUUCAUGCCUCGCCAGCUCCCUUGA